GGGGGCCGCCAUAUUGCCCGUCCGUCCGCUCCGUACCGGAAGCGCCGUCUCGGAGCCGCGGCGGCGGCGGCCAUGGCGCUGACCCCGGUGCUGCGGCGGCUCCGCGGGCGGCGGGUGGUGUUGGCGAGCGCGUCCCCGAGGAGGCGGGACAUCCUGGGCUACACGGGCCUCCGGUUCGAGGUCGUGCCCUCCCGCUUCCCGGAGACCCUUGACCCCGCGGCCUUCGCGACCCCGCACGCGUACGCCCGCGAGAACGCGCGGCGGAAGGCGCUGGAGGUGGCGUUGCGCCUGCGCGAGAAAGACCAGCGGGCCCCGGAUGUCGUCUUUGGCGCCGACACCAUUGUGGUCGUGGACGGGCUGAUCCUGGGGAAGCCGCAGGACAAGGAGGAUGCCAUGGGGAUGCUGCGCCGGCUGAGCGGGCGCGAGCACAGCGUCAUCACGGCCGUGGCCAUCGUCCUCUUCCCGCCCCGCGACCCCAGUGACCCCCGCGACCCCGGCGGUGACCCCGGCGAUGACCCCACGGUGACCUCGUUCCACGAGGAGACGCGGGUGAUGUUCUCCCAGCUGACAGAGGAGCUGAUGCGCGACUACGUGGACAGCGGGGAGCCCAUGGACAAGGCCGGCGGGUACGCGCUGCAGGCGCUGGGCGCGAUGCUGGUGGAGCGCGUGGAGGGCGACGCCCUGGGCGCCGUGGGGUUCCCCCUGAACCGCGUCUGCCGCGAGCUGCAGGGCCUGCUGGGGGGGGCGGCGACCCCUGACCCCUGACCCUGCGACCCCCGACAACCCCGCGACCCCCUGACCCCCCUGACCUCCAUGACCCCUGACCCCCUGAUCUCUGGCCUGAAAAAUAAACCCGAGGGUCACGCCCCGACCCCCCGACCCCUGACCCCCCCGUGACCCC